AUCGCGACGGCUGCGACGCGGUGGCAGCAGCAUGUCGGACCUGAGCGAGGAAGAGGCCGAGGAGGAGGCCGAGGCUUACCUGGGGGAGUACGAUGGUGAGCGCAAUUCUGAAGGUGAACGACAUGGACGUGGGAAAGCAGAGCUGCCCAAUGGUGAUACGUAUGAGGGUGAAUACGAACACAGUCUCAGAAAUGGACAGGGGACCUACAGAUUUAAAACUGGUGCUUACUACGUUGGAGAAUAUCUUCAAAAUAAAAAGCAUGGCCAUGGUACUUUUUAUUAUCCGGAUGGAUCAAAAUAUGAAGGAAGCUGGGUAGAUGAUCAGAGACAUGGCUAUGGAGAAUAUACCUAUGCAAAUGGAGACAGCUAUGCUGGAGAAUGGUUUAACGACAAUAGGCAUGGACAAGGUACAUACAUCUAUAAAGACACUGGAUCUGUGUAUGUUGGUGGUUGGGUAAAUGGAAUCCAGGAAGGAGAAGCAGAGCUUAUCCACCUAAAUCACAGAUAUAGGGGCAAGUUUUUGAAUGGAACUCCUGUAGGUCGUGGCAAAUAUAUCUUUGACAUUGGAUGUGAACAGCAUGGUGAAUACAUACAGUCAGAGGAGGAAAAAGGGGAGGAAGAAGAAGAAGAGGAGGAGCCCUCUUCACUUGCUGCGCCAAAGUGGAAAGCAACAGAAAUUACUAAAUUAAUACAAUGGGUGCCCAACGUGGAAGAAGCACCUUCUCCCAGUAAAGGGCCCCCAGCAGCAGCAGCAGAGGCAGCAGCAGCAGAGGCAGAGGCAGCAGAGGCAGCAGCAGCAAAUGGAGCAGUGGAAGAAACAGCAGCAGAUGAAAAAGACAAAAUGCAAACAAAUGCAGGCACUGAUGAAUCUCCUGAGGAUAGGGAUGACGAGCCUUCUCUUCAUAAAGUAUCCAGUGAAGUUUUUAGCCCAACAAAGGAUGCAGAAGAAGAAGAUGAGGAAAUAAGGAAAGAAGGAAACGAAGAAGGAGAAGAGUACCAAGGAACUGCUCAUUUAGAAGAUGAGGAGGAAUCAGAGGAAGCAGAGUAAUUGGAUACAACUAAAGACAAAUACAGGCAGAAAGGGAAAUUGCAGAGUAAAUCAUUAUUUAAGGUAAACCUGCAAUAUUGUUAUUCACAUCUUUGUUAUUUUUUGAAUAAACAUUUCUGUCACUG